AUGCUUGAGAAGAGAGAGAGUAAAGAACCAGCCAUGAAUGCCUUCCAGAAAAAUGAGUCUAAAGAAACUCUUUUUUCACCUGUCUCCACUGAAGAGGUACUACCUCAGCAGUCCAGUCUUCCGAAAAAGCAACCUCCGAAAAUCUUUGGCUCCAAUUAUCCACUGAGCAUUGCCUUCAUUGUGGUGAAUGAAUUUUGUGAGCGUUUCUCCUAUUAUGGCAUGAAAGCUGUGUUGACCCUGUAUUUCCUGUAUUUCCUGAACUGGAAUGAAGACACCUCCACAGCAGUAUACCAUGCUUUCAGCAGCCUUUGUUAUUUCACUCCUAUCCUGGGAGCUGCCAUUGCUGACUCAUGGUUGGGGAAAUUCAAGACAAUAAUCUACCUCUCCUUGGUAUAUGUACUUGGCCAUGUGAUCAAGUCCUUGGGUGCCAUACCAAUACUUGGGGAGCAUAUGGUACACACAGUCCUGUCAUUGGUUGGCCUGAGUCUAAUAGCUUUGGGAACAGGGGGUAUCAAACCCUGUGUUGCAGCUUUUGGUGGAGACCAGUUUGAAGAACAACAUGCAGAAGAACGGACUAAGUACUUCUCAGUCUUCUACCUAGCCAUCAAUGCAGGAAGCUUGAUUUCUACCUUUAUCACACCCAUGCUAAGAGGAGAUGUUCAGUGUUUUGGAGAAGAUUGUUAUGCAUUGGCUUUUGGUGUUCCAGGAUUGCUUAUGGUGCUAGCUCUUGUUGUGUUUGCAAUGGGAAACAAACUAUACAAAAAACCACCUCCUGAAGGAAACAUAGUGGCUCAAGUUAUCAAAUGUAUUUGGUUUGCUAUUUCCAACCGUUUUAAGAACCGUUCUGAGGACAUUCCAAAACGACAGCACUGGUUGGACUGGGCAUCUGAGAAACACCCAAAGCAGCUCAUUAUGGAUGUAAAGGCACUUACCAGGGUACUAUUCCUUUAUAUUCCAUUGCCCAUGUUCUGGGCCCUUUUGGAUCAGCAGGGCUCACGAUGGACCUUGCAAGCUACCAGGAUGGAUGGAAAUUUGGGUCUUUUUGUGCUUCAACCGGACCAAAUGCAGGUCUUAAAUCCCCUUCUGGUUCUUAUUUUCAUCCCAUUGUUUGACCUUGUCAUCUAUCGUCUGAUUUCCAAGUGUGGAAUUAACUUCUCUUCACUUAGGAAAAUGGCUGUUGGUAUGAUACUUGCUUGCCUGGCAUUUGCAGUUGCAGCAGCUGUAGAGAUAAAAAUUAAUGAAAUGGCUUCACCUCAGGCAGGCCCCCAAGAGGUUUUCCUACAAGUCUUGAAUUUGGCAGAUGAUGAAGUGAAAGUGACAGUUCUGGGAGACAAGAACAAUUCUCUUUUGUCAGAGUCCAUCAAAUCCUUUCAGAAAAUGCCACACUAUUCCAAACUCCACCUAAAAACAAAACACCAGGCUUUCCACUUCCAUCUGAAGUACCAAAAUAUCUCUGUGUAUACUGAGCAUCCUGUGGAAGAGAAGAACUGGUACAGUCUGAUUAUUCGAGAAGAUGGGAAAAAUAUUUCUAGCAUGAUGGUGAAGAAUGCAGAAAAUGAAACAAUGAAUGGGAUGACAGCUGUGAGGUUUGUUAACACGUUGCGUAAAGAAGUCAGCAUCUCACUGGAUGAAGAUACUUCCCUCACUGUUGGUGAAGACUAUGGUGUAUCUGCUUACAAAUACGUGAAAGGAGGAGAAUACCCUGUAGUACACUGCAGAACAGAAGAUAAGGACUUUUCAUUGGAUUUGGGUCUACUAAACUUUGACACAGCAUAUCUGUUUAUUAUUACUAAUAGUACCCAUCAGGGUCCUCAGAUCUGGAAGAUGGAAGAUAGUCCAGCCAACAAAAUGUCUAUCAUGUGGCAACUACCACAAUAUGCCUUGGUUACAGCUGCAGAAGUCAUGUUCUCAGUCACAGGACUUGAAUUUUCUUACUCUCAGGCUCCUACUAGCAUGAAGUCUGUUCUCCAGGCAGCCUGGUUAUUGACGGUUGCAGUUGGGAAUAUCAUCGUUCUUGUUGUGGCACAGUUCAGUGGCCUGGUGCAGUGGGCUGAAUUCAUUUUAUUUUCCUGCCUCCUUCUGGUGGUCUGCCUGAUCUUCUCCAUCAUGGGAUACUACUACGUUCCUGUGAAGUCAAAGGAUACUCAGGGGGCAGCAGAUAAUCAGAACUCUCAUACCCAAGGCAACAUGAUCAACUUGGAAAUCAAGAAGACGAAGCUCUAAUGUUUCACGGAUUCUUCCAUGGCUCCAAUUCCUGACUGGUCUAGUUAUAAAAGCAGUUCUAGGACUUGGUUUUCCAGUACAUUAAAGAGUAGGCUCUCUUACCCUUUAUGUCUUCCCAUCUAUUCCCAUUUAUAGAUUCUAUGACUUCUCAUCUCUCUGUGAACUCAGUAAGUCUUGUUUACUGUUGCUGAAAUCAGCCUUAUGUCACCAAAUGACCAUAAAAAGCAAAGAUAUAUAAUUGAGAUGUUUCUCUGUGUAUGGACACAGUUAAUGUGCAAAUUCCUUUUAAUGCCUUCAAUCUGAUAUUCUCACCUUUUGAGGUAUGGUUUUAAGGGGGAAAUUGCAAAAUAUCUGAAAAAUGGUAAUUAUAUUCUGUUCACAAAGAUAAAAAAUUCAUGUGCCUCUUGUGAUUUGGUCCAGGUACUAGUUUUUAGGUGUUCAGAUUUAUUAAGAUCUUAGUAAAAUUUUAUACCUUUGAUCAAAGAACACAGAAUAACAUUUUUAACACACAGGAGAAUAUAUAUUGUCUUGAUAAUUUUAGUAGCUAAUCUGUAAACCCAAACAUCUUAUUUUUUAGUACUGAUACAUCUUCAGAAACCAAAUUAAGUAGGGUGAACAUUGGUUAGCAUGGUACUGAAAAAACAGAACAGGUAUAGAUUGUAAAAAUCCAGAGUGCCAUCCUUCUGUUUCGUACAUUCUUAAGCACUCCAUACAGUAUUUCAGCUCUGGAUUAUAACCCCUCCAGUAAUUAUAUAAACACUAUGUAUAAUGUUAAAAUUUUGUCUUUUCAAUGUUGUUAGCCAACUUUGUCUUGAACUUGAACUUUGUCUUGAACUAUUCAUGUCUUAAUAGAAACAGUUAUUUAAUAACAAGAAUAUUUUUAUGAAUCCAGCUUUCUUUUUAUUAUUCUCUUCAGCCUCAAAAUGAGUUGCUCUGUUUUGAUGAUUAUUCUCAUGUAUGACUUUUUCCAUAAUUAAAACAUGACGUACCUUCA